AUGUUCGAUACUCCAGUGCCUCCGCCACCAAAACUUCACCUCGAAUGCACUCAGGACCUGCUAGCGCGCUUCAACCUCCAUUCGGCAUACGAUCGCUAUGUUCGACCAGCAGUCUUACCUGGAAACGAAACUGGAGUGGGCGCAGGAGGACCUCAGACACCGGGGAGCAAGGGAAAGGGCAAGGAGGUCGAUGUGAAUAUGGCGGAAGGCGGGAUGAAUACCGGCUUGGGAGGUGGUCAUCCACACGGCGGCGCGGGCGAAGCUGACGACGACGAUGGACCGGGAGGCAAGGGCGAGAAGAAGAAGAAAAACAGUUAUAAGCAUCUUAUUAAGGGCCUGCCCGGCAAACACUCGAUGAAAAAAGACGACUAUUUAACGACAAUCAUGUUGAUUCCACCAAAACAACGAAUCCCUAUUACGCCGUUCGACGUUCACACGCAAGAAGAUGCCUUUGCUGUUAGUCCCGAGGGCUUGAAAGGCUGGAACAUCCAUGCCCUCGUGUUGGAAUCGGCCCAAGCUCGAGAAGACCGGAAGAAGAAGAAGGAACUCAAGCGAUUGGCCAAGCUGCAGCAACAGCAAAUACAGCAAGGUCUUCCGGUUACCCAACCUUCGUUACAGGCGCCAGUACCCACUCCUGCAGCAGCAAGGCCCCAAGGAGUUGGAACGCCGCAACGGAAUCCUUCAGGAACGCGGACAACGAGCGGGGGAACACCCAGACCUGCAUCAACGGUACCAAGGCCCGGGUCCACCCCUGUACGAGUUUCGACACCAAACACGCAAGCUCAGCAAGCAACGGCAGGGACCCCGCGGUCUACAGUCCCAAGACCAGGGUCGACCGUUCCGAGGCCGGGUUCCACGGUUCCUCCUCCAGGUGCAGGUCUCCCUCCACGACCUGCAUCAACGAAGCCUCAAGUUGCGCCUCCGGGAUCCGGGUUUUCUGGUGGAGAACCUCGCGGGAAAAAGCGCGCGCACGAAGAGGGCGCAGUCAACGCCGUUCAGACGAAUGGCUCGCAAGGGCACGGCAUAUCCAAUGGCGUGCCGAAUGGGAACGGUACGCCUCAACCCAGGCCCGUCAUCAACGCCAAAGCAGGGAACGCAGGGGUCAGGCCACGGCCAGUUAAAAAGCCGAGAAUGGAUCUGCCGGGCCAAUCCAACCCGAAUAUUCAGCAGCAGCCCACCCCGCAAGGCGUGUAA